AAAUUACCUAAUACUUAUUGAAAAAAUGCAUAAUGGUAAUUAUUGUUUUUCAUGUCACUCUCGCUUUCAUAUCACAAGCUAAAAAUAACAAUUUUUUUAAAAAAAAAUAGAAACUCUCUUUUAAAUGUAAACGCAACCGCCGCCACGAAUCUACGAGAAACCACCGGACCCGACCCACGAUGGAAAUCAAUGGACCUUCCCGCUUCCGCAACCCCAAAUCCCAAUCAACCGAUCGUUUCCUCGGCGUUUACCCCCAUGCACCUCCGUCCAACCACCUUUCCCACUCUUCCGCCGUCAUUGAAGAGCUCAAUGAAGAUGAUAUCUUCUCAUCUGGUGACUUCUCCGACAACUCCAAUGGCUCCAGUUCUGCCGGUGGCCUCUCCCAUUUCCACCACCAAAAAACAUCUCCUUCCUCCACUCCCUUUAACCAUAAAUCCUUCCCUCACUCCGAAAACUUCGGAAUCCUCGCCGCCAUCCGCGACCCUUCACGUCCGCAAUCCCAUUUCUACCAAAAGCCCUCGAUUUCUACUUCGGCCUCCUCUUCCUCCUCUGUCGCUUCAGCAUCUUCCUCUGCUCGUUCAAUUCCGUCGAUUCCGAAACCGCCGCAAGAACGAAUCCCCGUCAUUUCGUCUUCAUCUUCUUCUUUAGGAAGGUUUCAUCAAUCGGCACCGGUUAAUGUGCCCAUGCUGGCGAAACCGAUGAGGAAAAAGCAAGAUUUUGACGACGAUUACGACAUGGAGCUGGAGGAAGAAGGGGAAAUGUUGCCACCGCAUGAGAUUGUGGCCAAGAGCUUAGCCCAGUCCCCUAUGUUGGCUUGUUCAGUGCUCGAAGGCGUGGGGAGAACCCUAAAAGGAAGGGAUCUAAGGCAGGUAAGGAAUGCUGUUUGGAGACAAACUGGGUUUCUUGAUUAAUUGAGGAAGAAACUUGUGUUUUGGUUUUUCUUUGAAGAUUCAUUUUGGGGGUUUGAUUAUUGACUGUUGGAUAUGGCAAAGUAUUAAGUAUUCGAUUAAUGUAAUCAAAAUUUGAUUAUUUUGUUAUGUAAUUUAACUCUUUGUUAUGUGGCUUAGUUUUUUCUGGUUAUAUGAAAAAGAAAAUAUAUUAAGCAAAUAGAAUAAAGAAAUUUAGAGGUGCUAAUAGUGUUGGAACUUAGAAACUUGAAAGUAAAUUGCUUUAUGCAUACUGUAAAUUCGUCUAAUUAAUCUUUGCUAAAUUAAAGAAUGGAAGUUCUUCACUAAUUUUAUUGCUAUCGAGGGUGGUCUACAUUCUACUACGUCGUUCCACAUUGUGUCCAAGUAAAUUGCUUUAAGCAUAAUAGCACCUUCUGGUGCUAAGCAAGUAGUGGUCCAGUGUUCAUUUGAAUGCUGCAACGUGUUAUUGUAGAACGCUUGGUUUUGGCUUCCAUGGUGGCAUGAUAGCUUUAAACUUCUCUUGUUGGAUGAUGAUUGCGAGCUGGGAAUUUGUGGUUUAGUUUCGGGUUGAAUGCAUUGAUGUAUUAUUGUCGAAUGCUUGGUUUUCUCUUUCGUUGAUGGACUGAUAGUUUUGAACUUCUCUAAUUGGGUUUACAAUGUUGGAAGAUUUGUUGUUCACGAUAUGUUGCUACUUGCUAGUGUAAAAGGUUCUAUACCGCCCGGGAUGAUGCACGCUUGGAGCCAGGGAGUUUGCGUUCUAUCUUUUUUGGUUGAAUGUGGUGAGGUAUUAUUGUGGAAUGCUUGGUUUUUAUUGGUGGCUUGAUAGCUUUGACUUAGCUUGUUGGUUGUAAGCUGUUAGAAGGUUUUAUUGUUCAUAAGUUGCUAGUGUGAAGGACGCUGGGAUGAUGAUGGUAGGUUGGCUUAGUUGUGCAUGAUUAAAUUUUGGUCUAUUUUGAUGCCAGUGUUAACUGAAACUGAAAUAGGAAGCCACCAUUUUAUUAUUAUCUAUUAAGGAAAAAUUGAAAAGCUGGUGGCUAAGCUUUUGAGUUGCUGGCUAAGAACUCAUUUCUGUUAACUAUUGAAUGGAACUUGUAUAGGUCUUAACCUUGGUAACAAAACUGAAGUAAACUUGUAAGAAUGGAUAAUGAAGAGGAUAGAAUAAUUUAUAGCUGUUCAUGUCAUGAUUAUGUACUAUGGAGCUUGGCUGAAAUCAAUACAGGUGCCAAACUUGAAGAUAUUUUCAUGUGGACUUCCACUGGUCAUGAUUGGCACUAUAUUAUUGGUCAUGCAUCAGCACUUUUUAGUUGCAUUAGGAGUAGCUUCUUCAUGUAGGAUAGUGCUUUGGCCGUAGCCAUGGAGUAAAUGGUUAAAGUCAUUUGAAUAGAUGUAUUCAUUUUAAGAAAGUAAGGUGCCAGUCUGUGUAUCGGUCAUCAACUUCUGAACUCUCUAGUAUCCCUUGUUUGUUUAAUUCCUUGCUUAAAAUAUGCCAAGUUGGCGUGUUAAUUCAUCUCACAAGAUUGCUCAUCAAGUUCUAUAGAAGUUGAAAUUUACAGGUGCAACUCAAUUUAACUUUUAUGUUGGACUAAUACUGUUCACUUUAGUAAGUGUUUGACUGCAAGAAUUGACAUUCGAAAGCUAAUAGAUUUGAUGAAAAGAAUGUUGUUUCCAUUGAUGGCUCAUCAAUAAAACUAUGCUUAUGUUACUUGAUCCUCAAUGGAAGACAAAGGAUUAAGGAUUUGUGAAGUAUAGUCCUUUGGCUCUAAGGUGAUUAUCCUAUUAUUAGAUACAUACAACAAGACAUCAUUAAUUAUUUUCAAUUUAAUUGUUUAAAGUUGUAUUGAUACCUUCAUAUUUUUCUGGAAUCUGUGAUUAGGGUGUGGCCAGGGAUUCAAAUAGCGUCAUAACGGAGAAAAGCGGCAAAACCGGCCCGCUAUUACCCUUUUUACUAACCCAGACCUUUGAUUUCUUACUGUUUCUGUGAAAUUUUUUGUUUUCAGAGAUGAAAGAGAGGAAUGGAUGAGGAAAAUGAUGUUAAUCUGUUACUAGAGAAGAUAGAGACAAAUAAAAUGAAAAAUGCUAUAAUAAAGGCUAUACCUAUUGCUACACGUUUAGUUUGAGGGGGAGAUUCUGUAGUCUAGAUAAGAAAACAAAGGUUUAAAUUCUGCCAUCAGUCCAUGUACUUUGCAAAUGUCAUAUGGAUUUUUAUUUGGUGGCUUGAAAUGUUAAAAUUUCAGUCCUCACUAAAUAGUUAAGUUAUAUUAUUUUUAAAA